GGAAUUAUCAGCAGCAUCGUUCAGGAGUCUGGAGGCCCAUCUUGAUGCUUCCCAAUGGGGAGCCUCUUCAGUGGGAGUGGGCCCAGCGGAUCCGCCGGGAGAGGAGCCGACACGCCCCCGGCCUGAGGCUGAGCUAUGCGGGCAGGAGGAGUUGCACGCUGGAGAGGUUAUUAUGAUAGAGGGUGAUACUCCCCCUGGCACCCGAGCUCGAGUCCAGAUGCGGCAGUCUUGGCCAGAGGGAGUCCCGGAGCCAGAUAGCCAAGGGAUUCCAGCGCCCCCGCCAGAAGCCACUAUGUCACCCAGACAGGAGGUUGAGGCACGGGGACCGGAAGAGGGGUGGAGGAUUGAGCCCCGCGUGUUCAUUGACUCGCGCCUAGCCACACAUGCAGCUGAGCACCCUGAUAUUGAGGUGCCUGUUCCGGUUAGGCCAUCGUCAGGGCCAGCACACGUUGAGCCAGAGAGGGGCGCGCAGGCUCCAGCCAGGGAGGUCAGGGGAGUGAGAGCGGAAAGGGUGCCGAAUGAGGCCGCAGAGGCAAAGUCUGCCAGGAUACAGGCCCACCUUGCGGAGAUACAUGAGCGGAGGGACAGGAUGGAGGCUGCAGGGAUAGCGCCGACACCACCGGCUGACCCCAAGACGAGCAAGCAAAGGAUUGAUGAGCUAUGGGCCAGAUAUGAGAGCCGAAGGGAAGCGGCUCGCCUGAGGUCACAAGAAGCAGGGCAGGUAGGUGAGAGGGCAGAUGAGGCGAUAGAGAUUGGGGAGCUGGGAUUUUCUGCCGCCAGAAGGGCCAUCGAACGGGUGGACAAGAGGAUACGGCAAGCAGCCACCACGUCCUUUCAAAAGUAUACUCUGCUCAGUGACGAGUUGACAAUCAGGACAGAAGAGGUGGAACAGCUAACUGCUCAGCUUGCAGACGAAAGAGCCGAAAACAAGGCCUGGAGGGCUCACCUGGAGGCAAAAGAAGCUGAGUGGGAGAAAAAGCUCAAGGAAAUGUCAGCUGGAGUAGAAAAAAUUUCGGCCACUAAGGUGGUCGAUUGGACUGAACAGAGCAGGUAUGGCAUUCAGGGCGAAGGGAUGCAGGGACUGUUUGGCCAGGGGGAGGCAGCAGAAACAUCUCAGCAAGAGAAACUAGGGAAGGUUUUUCUGGACCCGGCCGAGGUAGAGGAGAGGAGAGAGGCUAAUAAAGGAAGCUUUGAGUUCAAGGCUCCCACAGAGUUAGCCUCGCGGCAAGAGGCCCCUAUUUCAGCAAGCGCUUCUAUGGAAGCGCCAACUCAGGAGCCCCAGCCUGCACCGGCAGAGGAAGAAACGGUUGAAGAGUCGCUAACGAUCCUUUUGGAAGUACAGGAAGGGACCCUCACUAGAGCGGUGGUGGCCCCUUAGUCUGAGGCACAAGGGAAAGAGUCAUCACGCCUAGACGAGUUGGUAGCCGCCAUGGAAGUAGACAUGCCACCCGAGAGGCCUCAGAGAUUUCACUUGUAUUCCUAAAAGUGUUUUAAGAGUUAAAACACUCGAGGCAUGAGUCUACCGGAGAUGAGGGGGGGCAGGGUGUUGAGUACCUAGUUUAUGUUUUUGAUAAACAUAUUAUUCCUGA